AUGCUGUUGCAGUGCAGUCUCAUCAGAAAAUCAGAAACAGCUGCGCAGAAGCGGCUGCGCAGGAACAGCUGCGCAGAAGCGGCUGCGCAGAAGCGGCUGCGCAGAAGCGGCUGCGCAGAAGCGGCUGCGCAGAAGCGGCUGCGCAGAAGCGGCUGCGCAGAAACGGCUGCGCAGAAGCGGCUGCGCAGAAGCGGCUGCGCACAAGCGGCUGCGCACAAGCGGCUGCGCACAAGCGGCUGCGCAGAAGCGGCAGCGCAGAAGCGGCUGCGCAGAAGCGGCUGCGCAGAAGCGGCUGCGCAGAAGCGGCUGCGCAGAAGCGGCUGCGCAGAAGCGGCUGCGCAGAAGCGGCUGCGCAGAAGCGCCUGCGCAGAAGCGGCUGCGCAGAAGCGGCUGCGCAGAAGCGGCUGCGCAGAAACGGCUGCGCAGAAACGGCUGCGCAGAAACGGCUGCGCAGAAACGGCUGCGCAGCAGCGGCUGCGCAGAAGCGGCUGCGCAGAAGCGGCUGCGCAGAAGCGGCUGCGCAGAAGCGGCUGCGCAGAAGCGGCUGCGCAGAAGCGGCUGCGCAGAAACAGCUGCGCAGAUGCAGCUGCGCAGAAACAGCUGCGCAGAAACAGCUGCGCAGAAACAGCUGCGCAGAAACGGCUGCGCAGAAGCGGCUGCGCAGAAGCGGCUGCGCAGAAGCGGCUGCGCAGAAGCGGCUGCGCAGAUGCAGCUGCGCAGAAACAGCUGCGCAGAAACAGCUGCGCAGAAACAACUGCGCAGAAGCGGCUGCGCAGAAGCGGCUGCGCAGAAGCGGCUGCGCAGAAGCGGCUGCGCAGAAGCGGCUGCGCAGAAGCGGCUGCGCAGAAGCGGCUGCGCGGAAGCGGCUGCGCGGAAGCGGCUGCGCGGAAACGGCUGCGCGGAAACGGCUGCGCGGAAACGGCUGCGCGGAAGCGGCUGCGCGGAAGCGGCUGCGCGGAAGCGGCUGCGCGGAAGCGGCUGCGCGGAAGCGGCUGCGCGGAAGCGGCUGCGCGGAAGCGGCUGCGCAGAAGCGGCUGCGCAGAAGCGGCUGCGCAGAAGCGGCUGCGCAGAAGCGGCUGCGCAGAAGCGGCUGCGCAGAAACGGCUGCGCAGAAACGGCUGCGCAGAAACGGCUGCGCAGAAACGGCUGCGCAGAAACGGCUGCGCAGAAGCGGCUGCGCAGAAGCGGCUGCGCAGAAGCAGCUGCGCAGAAGCAGCUGCGCAGAAGCAGCUGCGCAGAAGCAGCUGCGCAGAAGCAGCUGCGCAGAAGCAGCUGCGCAGAAGCAGCUGCGCAGAAGCAGCUGCGCAGAAACAGCUGCGCAGAAACAGCUGCGCAGGAACAGCUGCGCAGGAACAGCUGCGCAGGAACAGCUGCGCAGGAACAGCUGCGCAGGAACAGCUGCGCAGGAACAGCUGCGCAGGAACAGCUGCGCAGGAACAGCUGCGCAGGAACAGCUGCGCAGAAACAGCUGCGCAGGAACAGCUGCGCAGGAACAGCUGCGCAGGAACAGCUGCGCAGGAACAGCUGCGCAGAAACAGCUGCGCAGGAACAGCUGCGCAGGAACAGCUGCGCAGGAACAGCUGCGCAGGAACAGCUGCGCAGGAACAGCUGCGCAGAAACUGCUGCGCAGAAACUGCUGCGCAGAAACUGCUGCGCAGAAACUGCUGCGCAGAAACAGCUGCGCAGGAACAGCUGCGCAGGAACAGCUGCGCAGGAACAGCUGCGCAGGAACAGCUGCGCAGGAACAGCUGCGCAGAAACAACUGCGCAGAAACAGCUGCGCAGGAACAGCUGCGCAGAAACAACUGCGCAGAAACAGCUGCGCAGGAACAGCUGCGCAGAAACAGCUGCGCAGAAACAGCUGCGCAGAAACAGCUUCGCAGAAACAGCUGCGCAGAAACAGCUGCGGAGAAACAACUGCGCAGAAACAGCUGCGCAGGAACAGCUGCGCAGAAACAGCUGCGCAGAAACAGCUGCGCAGAAACAGCUGCGCAGGAACAGCUGCGCAGGAACAGCUGCGCAGAAACAGCUGCGCAGGAACAGCUGCGCAGAAACAGCUGCGCAGAAACAGCUGCGCAGAAACAGCUGCGCAGAAACAGCUGCGCAGAAACAGCUGCGCAGAAACAGCUGCGCAGAAACAGCUGCGCAGAAACAGCUGCGCAGGAACAGCUGCGCAGAAACAGCUGCGCAGGAACGGCUGCGCAGGAACGGCUGCGCAGAAACGGCUGCGCAGAAACGGCUGCGCAGAAACGGCAGCGCAGAAACGGCUGCGCAGAAACGGCUGCGCAGAAACGGCUGCGCAGAAGCAGCUGCGCAGAAGCAGCUGCGCAGAAGCAGCUGCGCAGAAGCAGCUGCGCAGAAGCAGCUGCGCAGAAGCAGCUGCGCAGAAGCAGCUGCGCGGAAGCAGCUGCGCAGAAGCAGCUGCGCAGAAGCAGCUGCGCAGAAGCAGCUGCGCAGAAACAGCUGCGCAGAAACAGCUGCGCAGGAACAGCUGCGCAGGAACAGCUGCGCAGGAACAGCUGCGCAGGAACAGCUGCGCAGGAACAGCUGCGCAGGAACAGCUGCGCAGGAACAGCUGCGCAGGAACAGCUGCGCAGGAACAGCUGCGCAGGAACAGCUGCGCAGGAACAGCUGCGCAGGAACAGCUGCGCAGGAACAGCUGCGCAGAAACAGCUGCGCUGGAACAGCUGCGCAGGAACAGCUGCGCAGGAACAGCUGCGCAGGAACAGCUGCGCAGGAACAGCUGCGCAGGAACAGCUGCGCAGAAACAGCUGCGCAGAAACAGCUGCGCAGGAACAGCUGCGCAGGAACAGCUGCGCAGGAACAGCUGCGCAGGAACAGCUGCGCAGAAACUGCUGCGCAGAAACUGCUGCGCAGAAACAGCUGCGCAGAAACAGCUGCGCAGGAACAGCUGCGCAGGAACAGCUGCGCAGGAACAGCUGCGCAGGAACAGCUGCGCAGAAACAGCUGCGCAGGAACAGCUGCGCAGAAACAGCUGCGCAGGAACAGCUGCGCAGAAACAGCUGCGCAGAAACAGCUGCGCAGAAACAACUGCGCAGAAACAACUGCGCAGAAACAGCUGCGCAGGAACAGCUGCGCAGAAACAGCUGCGCAGAAACAGCUGCGCAGAAACAGCUUCGCAGAAACAGCUGCGCAGAAACAGCUGCGCAGGAACAGCUGCGCAGGAACAGCUGCGCAGAAACAGCUGCGCAGAAACAGCUGCGCAGGAACAGCUGCGCAGGAACAGCUGCGCAGAAACAGCUGCGCAGGAACAGCUGCGCAGAAACAGCUGCGCAGAAACAGCUGCGCAGAAACAGCUGCGCAGAAACAGCUGCGCAGAAACAGCUGCGCAGAAACAGCUGCGCAGAAACAGCUGCGCAGAAACAGCUGCGCAGGAACAGCUGCGCAGAAACAGCUGCGCAGGAACAGCUGCGCAGGAACAGCUGCGCAGGAACAGCUGCGCAGGAACAGGUGCGCAGGAACAGGUGCGCAGGAACAGGUGCGGAGGAACAGGUGCGCAGGAACAGCUGCGCAGGAACAGGUGCGCAGGAACAGCUGCGCAGGAACAGCUGCGCAGGAACAGCUGCGCAGGAACAGCUGCGCAGAAACUGCUGCGCAGAAACUGCUGCGCAGAAACAGCUGCGCAGGAACAGCUGCGCAGGAACAGCUGCGCAGAAACUGCUGCGCAGAAACUGCUGCGCAGAAACUGCUGCGCAGAAACUGCUGCGCAGAAACAGCUGCGCAGGAACAGCUGCGCAGGAACAGCUGCGCAGGAACAGCUGCGCAGGAACAGCUGCGCAGGAACAGCUGCGCAGGAACAGCUGCGCAGAAACAGCUGCGCAGGAACAGCUGCGCAGAAACAGCUGCGCAGAAACAGCUGCGCAGGAACAGCUGCGCAGAAACAGCUGCGCAGGAACAGCUGCGCAGGAACGGCUGCGCAGAAACGGCUGCGCAGAAACGGCUGCGCAGAAACGGCAGCGCAGAAACGGCUGCGCAGAAACGGCUGCGCAGAAACGGCUGCGCAGAAGCAGCUGCGCAGAAGCAGCUGCGCAGAAGCAGCUGCGCAGAAGCAGCUGCGCAGAAGCAGCUGCGCAGAAGCAGCUGCGCAGAAGCAGCUGCGCAGAAGCAGCUGCGCAGAAACAGCUGCGCAGAAACAGCUGCGCAGGAACAGCUGCGCAGGAACAGCUGCGCAGGAACAGCUACGCAGGAACAGCUGCGCAGGAACAGCUGCGCAGGAACAGCUGCGCAGGAACAGCUGCGCAGGAACAGCUGCGCAGGAACAGCUGCGCAGAAACAGCUGCGCAGGAACAGCUGCGCAGAAACAGCUGCGCUGGAACAGCUGCGCAGGAACAGCUGCGCAGGAACAGCUGCGCAGGAACAGCUGCGCAGAAACAGCUGCGCAGAAACAGCUGCGCAGGAACAGCUGCGCAGGAACAGCUGCGCAGGAACAGCUGCGCAGGAACAGCUGCGCAGAAACUGCUGCGCAGAAACUGCUGCGCAGAAACAGCUGCGCAGAAACAGCUGCGCAGGAACAGCUGCGCAGGAACAGCUGCGCAGGAACAGCUGCGCAGAAACAGCUGCGCAGAAACAGCUGCGCAGAAACAGCUGCGCAGGAACAGCUGCGCAGAAACAGCUGCGCAGGAACAGCUGCGCAGAAACAACUGCGCAGAAACAACUGCGCAGAAACAGCUGCGCAGGAACAGCUGCGCAGAAACAGCUGCGCAGAAACAGCUGCGCAGAAACAGCUUCGCAGAAACAGCUGCGCAGGAACAGCUGCGCAGGAACAGCUGCGCAGGAACAGCUGCGCAGGAACAGCUGCGCAGAAACAGCUGCGCAGAAACAGCUGCGCAGGAACAGCUGCGCAGGAACAGCUGCGCAGAAACAGCUGUGCAGGAACAGCUGCGCAGAAACAGCUGCGCAGAAACAGCUGCGCAGAAACAGCUGCGCAGAAACAGCUGCGCAGAAACAGCUGCGCAGAAACAGCUGCGCAGAAACAGCUGCGCAGGAACAGCUGCGCAGAAACAGCUGCGCAGGAACAGCUGCGCAGGAACAGCUGCGCAGGAACAGGUGCGCAGGAACAGGUGCGCAGGAACAGGUGCGCAGGAACAGGUGCGGAGGAACAGGUGCGCAGGAACAGGUGCGCAGGAACAGCUGCGCAGGAACAGCUGCGCAGGAACAGCUGCGCAGGAACAGCUGCGCAGAAACUGCUGCGCAGAAACUGCUGCGCAGAAACUGCUGCGCAGAAACAGCUGCGCAGGAACAGCUGCGCAGGAACAGCUGCGCAGAAACUGCUGCGCAGAAACUGCUGCGCAGAAACUGCUGCGCAGAAACUGCUGCGCAGAAACAGCUGCGCAGGAACAGCUGCGCAGGAACAGCUGCGCAGGAACAGCUGCGCAGGAACAGCUGCGCAGGAACAGCUGCGCAGGAACAGCUGCGCAGGAACAGCUGCGCAGAAACAGCUGCGCAGAAACAGCUGCGCAGGAACAGCUGCGCAGGAACAGCUGCGCAGGAACAGCUGCGCAGGAACAGCUGCGCAGAAACUGCUGCGCAGAAACUGCUGCGCAGAAACUGCUGCGCAGAAACAGCUGCGCAGAAACAGCUGCGCAGGAACAGCUGCGCAGGAACAGCUGCGCAGGAACAGCUGCGCAGGAACAGCUGCGCAGGAACAGCUGCGCAGGAACAGCUGCGCAGAAACAGCUGCGCAGGAACAGCUGCGCAGAAACAUCUGCGCAGGAACAGCUGCGCAGAAACAACUGCGCAGAAACAACUGCGCAGAAACAGCUGCGCAGAAACAGCUGCGCAGAAACAGCUUCGCAGAAACAGCUGCGCAGAAACAGCUGCGCAGGAGCAGCUGCGCAGGAACAGCUGCGCAGGAACAGCUGCGCAGGAACAGCUGCGCAGGAACAGCUGCGCAGGAACAGGUGCGCAGGAACAGGUGCGCAGGAACAGGUGCGGAGGAACAGGUGCGCAGGAACAGCUGCGCAGGAACAGGUGCGCAGGAGCAGGUGCGCAGGAACAGCUGCGCAGGAACAGCUGCGCAGGAACAGCUGCGCAGGAACAGGUGCGCAGGAACAGGUGCGCAGGAACAGGUGCGCAGGAACAGCUGCGCAGAAACAGCUGCGCAGAAACAGCUGCGCAGAAACAGCUGCGCAGAAACAGCUGCGCAGAAACAGCUGCGCAGAAACAGCUGCGCAGUAACAGCUGCGCAGAAACAGCUGCGCAGAAACAGCUGCGCAGAAACAGCUCCGCAGAAACAGCUGCGCAGAGACAGCUGCGCAGAGACAGCUGCGCAGAGACAUCUGCGCAGUUACAGCUGCGCAGAAACAGCUGCGCAGAAACAGCUGCGCAGAAACAGCUGCGCAGAAACAGCUGCGCAGAAACAGCUGCGCAGAAACAGCUGCGCAGAAACAGCUGCGCAGAAAUAGCUGCGCAGAAACAGAUGCGAAGAAACAGCUGCGCAGAAACAGCUGCGCAGAAACAGCUGCGCAGAAACAGCGGCGCAGAAACAGCGGCGCAGAAACAGCUGCGCAGGAACAGCUGCGCAGGAACAGCUGCGCAGAAACAGCUGCGCAGAAACAGCUGCGCAGGAACAGCUGCGCAGAAACAGCUGCGCAGAAACAGCUGCGCAGAAACAGCUGCGCAGAAACAGCUGCGCAGGAACAGCUGCGCAGGAACAGCUGCGCAGAAACAGCUGCGCAGAAACAGCUGCGCAGAAACAGCUGCGCAGAAACAGCUUCGCAGAAACAGCUGCGCAGGAACAGCUACGCAGAAACAGCUGCGCAGAAACAGCUGCGCAGAAACAGCUGCGCAGAAACAGCUGCGCAGAAACAGCUGCGCAGAAACAGCUGCGCAGAAACAGCUGCGCAGAAACAGCUGCGCAGAGACAGCUGCGCAGAGACAGCUGCGCAGAAACAGCUGCGAAGAAACAGCUGCGCAGAAACAGCUGCGCAGAAACAGCUGCGCAGAAAAAGCUGCGCAGAAACAGCUGCGCAGAAACAGCUGCGCAGAAACAGCUGCGCAGAAACAGCUGCGCAGAAACAGCUGCGCAGAAACAGCUGCGCAGAAACAGCUGCGCAGAAACAGCGGCGCAGAAACAGCGGCGCAGAAACACUCUAUAGCCUCCGGUUACAGGAGCGUACCUCCAUGUUCAAUGUUUUUUGGGCAGUUGAACAUCUGCGCGGAGACGGCUGCGCAGAAGCGGCUGCGCGGAAGCGGCUGCGCGGAAACGGCUGCGCGGAAACGGCUGCGCGGAAACGGCUGCGCGGAAACGGCUGCGCGAGAACAGCUGCGCGAGAACAGGUGCGCGGGAACAGCUGCGCGGGAACAGCUGCGCAGGAACAGCUGCGCAGGAACAGCUGCGCAGGAACAGCUGCGCAGGAACAGGUGCGCAAAAACAGGUGCGCAGGAACAGGUGCGCAGGAACAGCUGCGCAGGAACAGCUGCGCAGAAACAGCUGCGCAGAAACAGCUGCGCAGAAACAGCUUCGCAGAAACGGCUGCGCUGGAACGGCUGCGCAGAAACGGCUGCGCAGAAACGGCUGCGCAGAAACGGCUGCGCAGAAACGGCUGCGCAGAAACGGCUGCGCAGAAACGGCUGCGCAGAAACGGCUGCGCAGAAAAGGCUGCGCAGAAACGGCUGCGCAGAAACAGCUGCGCAGAAACAGCUGCGCAGAAGCAGCUGCGCAGAAGCAGCUGCGCAGAAGCAGCUGCGCAGAGGCAGCUGCGCAGAAGCAGCUGCGCAGAAGCAGCUGCGCAGAAGCAGCUGCGCAGAAGCAGCUGCGCAGAAGCAGCUGCGCAGAAGCAGCUGCGCAGAAGCAGCUGCGCAGAAGCAGCUGCGCAGAAGCAGCUGCGCAGAGGCAGCUGCGCAGAGGCAGCUGCGCAGAAGCAGCUGCGCAGAAGCAGCUGCGCAGAAGCAGCUGCGCAGAAGCAGCUGCGCAGAAGCAGCUGCGCAGAAACAGCUGCGCAGAAACAGCUGCGCAGAUACAGCUGCGCAGAUACAGCUGCGCAGAAACAGCUGCGCAGAAACAGCUGCGCAGAAACAGCUGCGCAGGAACAGCUGCGCAGGAACAGCUGCGCAGGAACAGCUGCGCAGGAACAGCUGCGCAGGAACAGCUGCGCAGGAACAGCUGCGCAGGAACAGCUGCGCAGGAACAGCUGCGCAGGAACAGCUGCGCAGGAACAGCUGCGCAGGAACAGCUGCGCAGGUACAGCUGCGCAGGAACAGCUGCGCAGGAACAGCUGCGCAGAAACAGCUGCGCAGGAACAGCUGCGCAGGAACAGCUGCGCAGGAACAGCUGCGCAGGAACAGCUGCGCAGGUACAACUGCGCAGGAACAGCUGCGCAGAAACAGCUGCGCAGAAACAGCUGCGCAGAAACAGCUGCGCAGAAACAGCUGCGCAGAAACAGCUGCGCAGGAACAGCUGCGCAGAAACAGCUGCGCAGGAACAGCUGCGCAGGAACAGCUGCGCAGGAACAGCUGCGCAGGAACAGGUGCGCAGGAACAGGUGCGCAGGAACAGGUGCGGAGGAACAGGUGCGCAGGAACAGCUGCGCAGGAACAGGUGCGCAGGAACAGCUGCGCAGGAACAGCUGCGCAGGAACAGCUGCGCAGGAACAGCUGCGCAGAAACUGCUGCGCAGAAACUGCUGCGCAGAAACAGCUGCGCAGAAACAGCUGCGCAGGAACAGCUGCGCAGGAACAGCUGCGCAGAAACUGCUGCGCAGAAACUGCUGCGCAGAAACUGCUGCGCAGAAACUGCUGCGCAGAAACUGCUGCGCAGAAACAGCUGCGCAGGAACAGCUGCGCAGGAACAGCUGCGCAGGAACAGCUGCGCAGAAACAGCUGCGCAGGAACAGCUGCGCAGGAACAGCUGCGCAGGAACAGCUGCGCAGGAACAGCUGCGCAGAAACAGCUGCGCAGGAACAGCUGCGCAGAAACAGCUGCGCAGAAACUGCUGCGCAGAAACAGCUGCGCAGAAACAGCUGCGCAGAAACAGCUGCGCAGGAACAGCUGCGCAGAAACAGCUGCGCAGGAACAGCUGCGCAGGAACAGCUGCGCAGGAACAGCUGCGCAGGAACAGGUGCGCAGGAACAGGUGCGCAGGAACAGGUGCGGAGGAACAGGUGCGCAGGAACAGCUGCGCAGGAACAGGUGCGCAGGAACAGCUGCGCAGGAACAGCUGCGCAGGAACAGCUGCGCAGGAACAGCUGCGCAGAAACUGCUGCGCAGAAACUGCUGCGCAGAAACUGCUGCGCAGAAACAGCUGCGCAGGAACAGCUGCGCAGGAACAGCUGCGCAGAAACUGCUGCGCAGAAACUGCUGCGCAGAAACUGCUGCGCAGAAACUGCUGCGCAGAAACAGCUGCGCAGGAACAGCUGCGCAGGAACAGCUGCGCAGGAACAGCUGCGCAGGAACAGUUGCGCAGGAGCAGCUGCGCAGGAACAGCUGCGCAGGAACAGCUGCGCAGAAACAGCUGCGCAGGAACAGCUGCGCAGAAACAGCUGCGCAGAAACAGCUGCGCAGGAACAGCUGCGCAGGAACAGCUGCGCAGGAACAGCUGCGCAGGAACAGCUGCGCAGAAACAGCUGCGCAGAAACAGCUGCGCAGAAACAGCUGCGCAGGAACAGCUGCGCAGGAACAGCUGCGCAGGAACAGCUGCGCAGGAACAGCUGCGCAGAAACUGCUGCGCAGAAACUGCUGCGCAGAAACAGCUGCGCAGAAACAGCUGCGCAGGAACAGCUGCGCAGAAACAGCUGCGCAGAAACAGCUGCGCAGAAACAGCUUCGCAGAAACAGCUGCGCAGAAACAGCUGCGCAGAAACAGCUGCGCAGGAACAGCUGCGCAGAAACAGCUGCGCAGAAACAGCUGCGCAGGAACAGCUGCGCAGGAACAGCUGCGCAGGAACAGCUGCGCAGAAACAGCUGCGCAGGAACAGCUGCGCAGAAACAGCUGCGCAGGAACAGCUGCGCAGGAACAGCUGCGCAGGAACAGCUGCGCAGGAACAGCUGCGCAGGAACAGCUGCGCAGGAACAGCUGCGCAGAAACAGCUGCGCAGAAACAGCUGCGCAGAAACAGCUGCGCAGAAACAGCUGCGCAGAAACAGCUGCGCAGGAACAGCUGCGCAGGAACAGCUGCGCAGGAACAGCUGCGCAGGAACAGCUGCGCAGGAACAGCUGCGCAGGAACAGCUGCGCAGGUACAGCUGCGCAGGAACAGCUGCGCAGGAACAGCUGCGCAGGAACAGCUGCGCAGGAACAGCUGCGCAGGUACAGCUGCGCAGGAACAGUUGCGCAGGAGCAGCUGCGCAGGAACAGCUGCGCAGGAACAGCUGCGCAGAAACAGCUGCGCAGGAACAGCUGCGCAGAAACAGCUGCGCAGAAACAGCUGCGCAGGAACAGCUGCGCAGGAACAGCUGCGCAGGAGCAGCUGUGCAGGAACAGCUGCGCAGGAACAGCUGCGCAGAAACAGCUGCGCAGAAACAGCUGCGCAGAAACAGCUGCGCGGGAACAGCUGCGCAGGAACAGCUGCGCAGGAACAGCUGUGCAGGAACAGCUGCGCAGGAACAGCUGUGCAGAAACUGCUGCGCAGAAACUGCUGCGCAGAAACAGCUGCGCAGAAACAGCUGCGCAGGAACAGCUGCGCAGGAACAGCUGCGCAGGAACAGCUGCGCAGGAACAGCUGCGCAGGAACAGCUGCGCAGGAACAGCUGCGCAGGAACAGCUGCGCUGGAACAGCUGCGCAGAAACAGCUGCGCAGGAACAGCUGCGCAGAAACAGCUGCGCAGGAACAGCUGCGCAGAAACAACUGCGCAGAAACAACUGCGCAGAAACAGCUGCGCAGAAACAGCUGCGCAGAAACAGCUGCGCAGAAACAGCUUCGCAGAAACAGCUGCGCAGAAACAGCUGCGCAGAAACAGCUGCGCAGGAACAGCUGCGCAGAAACAGCUGCGCAGAAACAGCUGCGCAGAAACAGCUGCGCAGAAACAGCUGCGCAGAAACAGCUGCGCAGAAACAGCUGCGCAGAAACAGCUGCGCAGGAACAGCUGCGCAGAAACAGCUGCGCAGGAGCAGCUGCGCAUGAACAGCUGCGCAGGAACAGCUGCGCAGGAACAGCUGCGCAGGAACAGCUGCGCAGGAACAGGUGCGCAGGAACAGGUGCGCAGGAACAGGUGCGGAGGAACAGGUGCGCAGGAACAGCUGCGCAGGAACAGGUGCGCAGGAGCAGGUGCGCAGGAACAGCUGCGCAGGAACAGCUGCGCAGGAACAGGUGCGCAGGAACAGGUGCGCAGGAACAGGUGCGCAGGAACAGGUGCGCAGGAACAGGUGCGCAGGAACAGGUGCGCAGAAACAGCUGCGCAGAAACAGCUGCGCAGAAACAGCUGCGCAGAAACAGCUGCGCAGAAACAGCUGCGCAGAAACAGCUGUGCAGAAACAGCUGCGCAGAAACAGCUGCGCAGAAACAGCUCCGCAGAAACAGCUGCGCAGAGACAGCUGCGCAGAGACAGCUGCGCAGAGACAUCUGCGCAGUUACAGCUGCGCAUAAACAGCUGCGCAGAAACAGCUGCGCAGAAACAGCUGCGCAGAAACAGCUGCGCAGAAACAGCUGCGCAGAAACAGCUGCGCAGAAACAGCUGCGCAGAAACAGCUGCGCAGAAACAGAUGCGAAGAAACAGCUGCGCAGAAACAGCUGCGCAGAAACAGCGGCGCAGAAACAGCGGCGCAGAAACAGCUGCGCAGGAACAGCUGCGCAGGAACAGCUGCGCAGAAACAGCUGCGCAGAAACAGCUGCGCAGGAACAGCUGCGCAGAAACAGCUGCGCAGAAACAGCUGCGCAGAAACAGCUGCGCAGGAACAGCUGCGCAGGAACAGCUGCGCAGAAACAGCUGCGCAGAAACAGCUGCGCAGAAACAGCUGCGCAGAAACAGCUGCGCAGAAACAGCUGCGCAGGAACAGCUACGCAGAAACAGCUGCGCAGAAACAGCUGCGCAGAAACAGCUGCGCAGAAACAGCUGCGCAGAAACAGCUGCGCAGAAACAGCUGCGCAGAAACAGCUGCGCAGAAACAGCUGCGCAGAGACAGCUGCGCAGAAACAGCUGCGAAGAAACAGGUUCGCAGAAACAGCUGCGCAGAAACAGCUGCGCAGAAAAAGCUGCGCAGAAACAGCUGCGCAGAAACAGCUGCGCAGAAACAGCUGCGCAGAAACAGCUGCGCAGAAACAGCUGCGCAGAAACAGCUGCGCAGAAACAGCGGCGCAGAAACAGCGGCGCAGAAACACUCUAUAGCCUCCGGUUACAGGAGCGUACCUCCAUGUUCAAUGUUUUUUGGGCAGUUGAACAUGUAAAGUUGAAUCCCGUACGCGCGUGCUGCGCAGGAACAGCUGCGCAGGAACAGCUGCGCAGGAACAGCUGCGCAAAAACAGGUGCGCAGGAACAGCUGCGCAGGAACAGCUGCGCAGGAACAGCUGCGCAGAAACAGCUGCGCAGGAACAGCUGCGCAGAAACAGCUGCGCAGAAACAGCUGCGCAGAAACAGCUUCGCAGAAACAGCUGCGCAGGAACAGCUGCGCAGAAACAGCUGCGCAGGAACAGCUGCGCAGGAACAGCUGCGCAGAAACAGCUGCGCAGAAACAGCUGCGCAGGAACAGCUGCGCAGAAACAGCUGCGCAGAAACAGCUGCGCAGGAACAGCUGCGCAGAAACAGCUGCGCAGAAGCAGCUGCGCAGAAGCAGCUGCGCAGAAGCAGCUGCGCAGAAGCAGCUGCGCAGAAGCAGCUGCGCAGAAACAGCUGCGCAGAAACAGCUGCGCAGAUACAGCUGCGCAGAUACAGCUGCGCUGAAACAGCUGCGCAGAAACAGCUGCGCAGAAACAGCUGCGCAGAAACAGCUGCGCAGGAACAGCUGCGCAGGAACAGCUGCGCAGGAACAGCUGCGCAGGAACAGCUGCGCAGGAACAGCUGCGCAGGAACAGCUGCGCAGGAACAGCUGCGCAGGAACAGCUGCGCAGGAACAGCUGCGCAGGAACAGCUGCGCAGGAACAGCUGCGCAGAAACAGCUGCGCAGAAACAGCUGCGCAGAAACAGCUGCGCAGGAACAGCUGCGCAGGAACAGCUGCGCAGGAACAGCUGCGCAUGA